AUGUCGGCGUGCUCGGCGGUCGAGGCCAAGCUUGCAGCGCUGCUCUCUUCGGUCAGCGCCACGGUGGUCAAGCGGCCGCUCCGGGAGUGGCUUCUCAAGGAGGCGGUGGUGGCGGCGGCCACCGCCUGCCUUGCUGCUCCGGCGGCGGGAGCCGGCAUUGGCGGCGUUCCGGAGGCCUGUUCGGCCUGCGCUGUCAUCGACGGCUACGAGGACGUGCUCAUCAAGUACGGGCACGACCACAAGAAGGCCACGGGCGAGGACAUUCGUCGUCGUCUCGUGGACGGCGGGCACCGCGAGCUCGCCAAGGAGUGGGUCAGCCUGCGCAACGGCCGGCGCGCUUGCGCGCACCCGCACCGUGAGCUGCUGGACAAGAUCCACGGCGCUCUUUCGUGCGCGGCUGACCCCCCGACCUGCUGUUCCACGGGUGCCAGCGGGGACGAAGGCUAUCACUCCGACUCGGCGUCGGGCAGCGGGGACGGCCUGUCUGGGUCCCUGCAGGAGCUGGCGCGGGUCAAGCAGGAGCUGGCGCUGGUCAAGGAGGAGGCUUUCGCCCACAGCCAGCGCGCGGACGAGGCUGAGGGCAUGCUGCUGGUCGAGCGCGCGCGGGUCGCCGAGUGCCAGGAGCUGCUCUCUUCGGCCGAGGGUCGCCUUCAGGAGUGUCAGGCGGUCGCCGACAGCCUCUGCGACGAGCUCAUGGCGACUCGUGCCGUUGCCUGGGGUUUCUCACAGGAGCUCCAGCAUAUCGAGGCUAAGGUCGUCAGCGACUGCAUCACCGAGCUGAUUGGGGAGAAGAAGGGCGGCGCGCUUCCCAGCUUUCACGAGGACUCCGCCGUGCGGGAGGUGGUGAGCCCCGCCGACGGCGAGGAGGUUCUUGCUGAAGCGUCGAGUGGAGCCAACCAGGAGUCCGAGGGCGAGAUCGAGUAUGCCGCCAAGUCCUCUGGGCUCUCCUUCGGUGUCGGCGCCGAGAAGAUUUCUUCCUGUUCUUCUUCUCCAGGGCCCGCUCCGCUUGACGAGGACAUGAUGUACCUGCGUGCCAAGCGGAUGGUGGAGGUUCUCAACACCCGCGAGUUCGCUUUCAAUCCCAUCGACGACGAGGCCGUGUCCGCUUUGGCGGGUUUUGGUGACUACUGGGCCUCGCAGCUCGUGGACGAGAUGAUCGCGAUGAAGGCCAAGAUCCGCAACCCCAGCGGAUUCAUCAAGGCCGCCGCUCGCCGUGCAGGACUUGGGCCACCAGCCUGGUGA